AUGUCUACACCUACAUUUGAACAAUACUUGGCAUCAGCUGUUGCAGUUGCCAAAGAGGUCAGCCCAAUGGUACUCGAAAACUAUAACAAUAGAGAUAAGAAAGUUGAAUAUAAAGGUGCUGUAGAUCUUGUUACAGAGACUGAUAAGGCUGUGGAAGCACAUAUUAUAAAGAGAUUAACAGAACAAUACCCAGAAACCAAGAUAAUGGGAGAAGAAUCAACAAAGGAUGGUGUAUAUGGAUGGACUGACGAGGCCACCUGGAUCAUCGAUCCAAUCGACGGUACAACCAACUUUGUUCACAGAUUCCCAUUGUUUUGCAUUUCCAUUGCCUUGUCAAUCAACAAACAGAUUGUAGUUGGGUGUAUCUACAGUCCAGUACUCGACGAAUUAUUCACUGCCACCAAAGGUGGAGGUGCUUUCCUCAACGGUCAACGCAUGUCUGUUACUUCUGUCGAUUCACUUCAACAAGCUGUUGUUGCCACCAAUGUUGGUUAUGAUCGUACUCCAUAUGGUAUUGAUUUCAUGUUAACUAACUUUAAAUCAAUCAUGUCACAAAAUGUUCAAUCACUUAGAUUCUCUGGUACAGCUGCAUGGGAGAUGGCAAGUGUUGCAUGUGGUCGUUUAGAUUGUUUCUAUGAAUGGGGUAUUCAUCCAUGGGAUAUUGCAGCUGCAUCUAUUAUGAUUACUGAAGCUGGUGGUGUUGUCGUUGAUCCAAGUGGUGGUCCAGUUGAUAUGGAAGGUCGUCGUGUAUUAUGUGGUGGUCAAAAGAUUGUAGAUAUAGUUUCAAAGUUACUCAUUCCAAAGCAACCUCCAACCGAUCAACAAUAA